UUCACUCUCUCUGCAGAGCUUCACUAAAUCACUUCACCACUGACAGACAGCACUUCUGCUUCUUCUGCUUUGUUAGAAAACAGUCUGCAUUUUUAUCACAGCCCUGUCAUGAUGAAACGGUUUUGCAAACUCCUGAAGAAAAUGAUUCCUCUUGUCUGUUUGUGCUCAUGGAGUCUGGCUGGUGUGUUUAGUGAAGAAGUGAAGUCAGUGUUGGUGAUGGAGGGAGAUUCUGUCACUCUAAACACUGAUGAUACCGAUAUACAGAAAGAUGAUAAGAUAUUCUGGAGAUUUGGAAACGACAUUCUCAUCGCUCAGAUCAACAGAAAGAACAAUGAGAGGAAGUUUUAUAAUGAUAAUGCUGACGGUAGAUUCAGAGACAGACUGAAGCUGGACAAUCAGACUGAAUCUCUGACCAUCACAAACACCACAAACACAGACUCUGGACUUUAUAAAGUAACCAGCACCAGCACACAGACGCCGCUCAAAACAUUCAAUCUUACUGUCUAUGAUCGUCUGUCUGUUCCUGUCAUCAGCAGAGACUCUUCACAAUGUUCUUCAUCAUCCUCAUCCUCAGAGCAGAAUUGCUCAUUGGUGUGUUCAGUGGUGAAUGUGGGUCAUGUGACUCUCUCCUGGUACAAAGGAAACAGUUUAUUGUCCAGCAUCAGUGUGUCUGAUCUCAGCAUCAGUCUCUCUCUACCUCUGGAGGUGGAAUAUCAGGAUAAAAACAGCUACAGCUGUGUGCUCAACAAUCCCAUCAGCAACCAGACUCAACAUCUGGACAUCACUCAUCUCUGUCACACAUGUGCAGGUACAGCAGUGUAAGGUCAACCCAAUUGUCCCAAUAAAGGUAUCUAGUGAUGGCUGAAGGUUUCCUGCCCGUUCGGGAU